AUGGUUUGCAGGGGAACCUACCGAGGAGCCGGUACGGCACUGGUACGGCGGCGGAUGCGGCAGGACGCCAUCUCCGCCGCUACCGCCGCUGUCGCCACCACCGUGUGGCGGCGGCCGGCGGGUGAUGCUCGCCGCACUGCUCGGGGGGGCAGCGGCAGCAGUAUCGCCGCAGUAGCUACUGCUGCCGCGGGAAGCGCUGCUGGAGACGGGGUUGGGCUGGACAAUGGCGACAGCGACGGCAGCGAUGAUCGUGACGAUGGCGGCGGCGGUGGCGGGGACGGUGACGUCGGCAUUACGGACCACAACGCCGUACAACGCCGUACAACGACAAACGGGGCGCACCUUAGCGAGGCCGAUGCAGAGCUGCAGGGCGUCGAUGGCGGCGCGUUCGACAACAGCGAGUAUGAUGACGAGUACGGCGGGGAUGAUUGGGAUGACGGGAGCGCCGGGGAGGACGACGACGCCGAUGAGGCGGACCUGGCUGCUGUCGUACAGCAAUUGGCGGAGAUGGCGACGCUAGGCAUGGGCUGCGAGGACGAGAUUUACCCGGACCCGCGUAAUCUACGCGCCUUUUACGAACUGGAAUCGGCAUACUUUGAAGAGAUGCCGUUUCGUGUUCAGCUUUAG